AUGGCAGGUCGCAGAUGGCGCACCCCUCGCCCGUGGCAGACGGGUUCGGCGGGUGUGACCGUGGCCUGGGCAGCGGUGGCGGUGCUGGUCAGCACCGCCAGGUGCCCCGGAGCUGCUGUUGGCGCCGUGGCGCAGGCGGCCACGCCCGGAAUGCUCCACGUCCGCGGCGCGGUGCCAGGCGCAUCUAGCAGUAGCAAGAAGCAGCUGGGCUGCGUGUGCGGUGGCGUAAAACACCCAUGCUUUGGGUUUCAGGGCGACAAGCGGCCCUCCUGCUGCGCCAAGUGCAAGUUGGAGGCCAUGGUUGACAUCAAGAACGCGAGAUGCAACUGUGGCAGAGUGAUUCCUUGUUUCGGGAUGCUAGAGGAUGUGCGGGCCUCCUGCUGCGCCAAGUGCAAGCUAGAGGGCAUGGUUGACAUCAAACAUCCGCGAUGCAACUGUGGCAGAGCACGGCCUUGUUUUGGGAUGCCAGAGGAUGCGCGGGCCUCCUGCUGCGCCAAGUGCAAGCUAUAG